AUGGAAUUAUUUUAUUGUCAUUUUUUUCUAUUGUCUGUGUUGGAGUUAUGUCAGUUCGGCAGCAUUCUCUCUUAUCCAUCGGAAUGUGUUCUUCCGUUUCCGCGAAGUUAUGUGGUCUAUCACCUUGGAGAGCAAGAAACCAUUGAUAUCGAUGGAAAACUAGACGACAAGGCGUGGGCACUUGUCUCGUGGACGGAGGAUUUUAUUGGUGAUUAGAAAAUAUAUGUUUCUUUUUGGUUGAUGUUUCCCUACGGUUUGACAUAAAAUUAAUUGCAGGCUGUGAAUAAUGCUGGACCUUGUCACAAGUAUUUCAUUCUUUGCAUGAUCGGAUCUUUCCACGUUAAAUCGUUUGGUACACUGCAGUCCAGGUAGACAAGGCAGAAUUGGCGGGUGAACACAAUAACUGCAUAACGCGUAUAUAGUUUUCUCCUGGUUAAGAAAUGUCGCAUUGAAGUCUUGGUGAGAAAUCAGUAUAUCUUUCAUGCGUAUAAUUAUAAAUUCAGUCAUGUGACAGGCAUAAAACUGCUUUAGGUUUUAAGUUUCUGCUUGAGUUUAGUAAUUGAGGGAAAUGUGUUGAUCAAUUCAAAGCUUCAACAUCCCUUCCCCUUGCAACCUCCCUGAGCCUUUGAACUUUUGAAGGUUUUUUUCGCCAAAAUUAUGUUUAAAUGCCCUUUACCCAAGUGCCAGAUUUGAUGGUCAACUCUUUUGUCAAAGGCAAGAUCAGUGACCUUGACUUUCUACUUACUGACCAGCAAUUGACUGGACUAUUCAAGCUCUAAAAUCUAGACCUUGUAGACCUUUUCUUCUAGGCCAUCUACUGGCAAAAGCAAAUUCUUUACCUUUAAACACCUCCUUAACAUGUGUACUGUGCUGGAAAUACUUCGUACUGCUGGGUUAAAUUCCCCACCCCCUGGGCAUGGACAACGGUCAAAUACCCUUGGAUUGCUACUGGAAUAGGGGGUAGAUGUUGAAGCUUUGAAUUGUUUGAUGCAUAAACACCAUUUAACUCCCAGAAUAGGGAAUUAACUUAAAGCCAGAGAAGUAGGGAGGGACUUGAGAUUAAUGCAGUAAACUUGGAAUGAGGAAUGGUAGAAAACACACCAUAAACAUGUAUGUUGGGACUGAAUACUCUGUUUUUCUUAUAUUGAUAUAACAGAUAUUCAGGGAGCAGAUUGGAAAAAACCUCGCUUCAGAACACAUGCCAAAAUGAGGUGGGAUGACAAGUAUUUGUACAUUGGAGCCUUUCUUCAGGAGACUGAUGUCUGGGCAAAUCAAACAAAACAUGAUUCUGUUGGUAAAUAUCAGACAAAGAUAAAUCUGGGUAAAAUUUUUAAUAUCAUACCUAAACACCCUACAGGUAUACAUGAUUUGCAGAUAAGCUGUACCUUGAGUUUGGCAACUCAUGUUUUGGAAAAAAGUUAUAAUUUCGAAAAGAAUCAAAAGAAAUUGCAAGUGGAUUUUUGAGAAAGCUACUAUGUACGUUAUGUCAUGCAUAUAUGUGUCAAUUCACUUACAUUGAAAAUGGAGAAGCAAUUCCUUACUUUAUAGGUAGUAUACUAUUCAAUCAAUAGUAUUUCUUCUCCUUAACCCUUUAACUACCAGAAGUGAUUAACAAGUAACUUCUCCUAUGUAGUGUCUGAAUAUUAUCUAGCAGACAGGUCAUGAGUGUAUUCAUGCUUAUCAGGUCAAAGUUGUUGUCUCAAUCUGACACCAAAUUAUUGUAACUUAUCACUUGGAAAUGUGUAGCAGUUAGAGGGAAGGGUUAACAAUUAGAUCUUAAGAGUUAAAGGGUUAAACUGAUUGUUAGGUUGGGCUAUUAACUGUUGUUAUAUCCAAUUAUAGUAGUAUAGCCAGAGAUGCAAUUAAUGAAGUGUUUGUCUUUUAUUGAUUUGUAGUGUAUCUUGAUAAUGACUUUGAGGUGAGAUUUAGCUUAUGAAUUCCAAAGUUUUUAUUAUUAAUUUACUUUCAUAUGUGAUGUAUGCUGUGCACUUUUAACCAAACAAUAAAGAAACAUUGAAAGGAAACAUGUUAUUAUUUACAUCAAGCCCUUGUUCUCUUAAAACUAUUUUUCAGGUUUUCAUGGACCCUGAUGGAGACACUCAUUGGUAAGUUUGAAAGGAUAACUCUAAUUUUUCAGUCCUCCUUAUAACCCUUCACACCCUAAGAUCAGUAUGCAUAUUCUCUACACUGUUCUUUACACAUUUCCUAAGGUGCUGAUAAGGAGAAUUUAUUUGCCAAUUAGAAGGUUCCUUCCCUGGUGAUCAUUUCCUUUAUUCUCAUGACCUUAAUGUGUGAUUCAGGGGUGAUAUUGUAAGGAGAAAUUAGAUGUUAGUCACUCUUAGGUUUAAGGGUUAAGAAUUUUAAAAUCACUUUUAAUAAAAUGUUUUAAGGUUUUCUUGUCAACGAACAUUAAUUUUGUGGUUUUCUGUUAGGUACAAAGAAUUUGAAAUAAAUGCCAUAAACACAACUUGGGACCUUGAAUUAAACAAGGUAUUUUAGCUAGGAUCAUCGUUACAAUAAGUGUUAAAUACAGGUAGAAAGGAAACCAAUGGUUCAGUUCCAGUAUGUAUAUCAAGAUCAUAUCUUUGGAUCACAAAUCUUAAUAUUCUUGUUGCUUGUUUGCUAAAUAAUGUAUUGACAUUGUGUGUGUAUAGACAUAUCGUACAUUUGUUCCUUUUGGAAGAUAGAGGGUUUGCUUCCUGUAGAAAAUGUUAUGUGACUAAAAACAGAAUUACGUACUUGAUUUAUAAAAAAUCAGACAUGUGACAGUCUUAUGUUAAUUUAUAAAUUUAUUUGCAGCCUUAUCUUAAUGGUGGUACACCAAACAACAGCUGGGAAAUGCCAAGUAUGAAAAGUGCAAUUUAUGUCUCAGGACCUGUGGAUGAUCCUUCAGUUAAAGGUGAUUUAAGAAAUGUUAUGAUGUGUAUCAGAGAUGUAAUUAUUAAUUGUAAUCUACUGUAAUCUAUUUCUGGCAGUCUUCUUUUUACAGAGCUGCUACUGACUAAAUGGCAAUAUUGAUUUCAGAUUUGCAUUGAUUGGUGGUGAGGGUCAUGCAAGUUUUUAGAUCAAUCACAGAACCUUGUUUAACCUUUUAUAUCCUAACAUCAGCAUGCCUAUUUUCCAUACUGUUCUUUGUGUAUUUCCAAAGGUGACAAGGAGAAAUGAUUGGUUCAAUCAGGGUAAAUAAAGACUAUUAUUGCAACGGUCAUAAUUAACAAUCAAGAGCUGCUUUAGUUGGUGAUCAUUUCCUUUAUGAUUCUGGGGUGAUACUGUAAUGAGAAAUAAGCUGCAAGUCACGCAUAGGGUUCAAAGGGUUGUCUAAGCCUUUGCAAUCUUGCAUUGCUUUACACAAUUAUUUAAAAAUGUCUUAUUUCAUGCUAACAUAACUACUGAACUGAUUACAUCUGAUCUUUUUGUAUUUUCAUGUCUUGCAUUUAAGAUAAAUUCUGGUCUGUUGAGCUAGCUCUUCCCUUCAGUGACCUGGUGGAUCACAGUCCUACAGCUUCAGCUCCACCAAGGAAUAAAGAUCAGUGGAGGAUUAACUUUAGCAGGUAUUGUGCGGGGGUAUUCUCCUGUGUUUUCAGGCAAGAUAUUUAUAAUGACUGGCAAUUGACACCUUGUGAUUUGUCUUACAGGGUUGAAUGGCAUGUUAGGGAUGUCAGAGGACAUUAUGAAAAGGUUGGUGUUCUCCUUCACUUUAUAAUGUUGUGAUACCCUGAACAAAGACCAAGGAUAUAGUUGCUAAAAUCCCGUGAUCAAUUAUUGAUGUUGACUCUACAGUAUAAAAAAAAUUUGGUCGGUCAUAUCACUUCAGAAUUAUGAUUAACAAUGGAUACACCUUAUCAAGAACAAUCGAAAAGUGUGAUAGCGUUUGAUUUGCAAUUUACUUUUGUCUUUGUGCAGAUUCCAAAUGUCCCUGAAGAUAACUGGGUGUGGUCAUCACAAGAUGCUAUUAACAUGCACCUUCCUGAGAGGUUGGUCCACUCAUACUUAAAAAAAAGAAAGUGUCAUAAAAAGAUAGAAAAACAAACACACAAACAGAAGUCUUUACAGGAUGGGUUUUCUCUAAUUUUCGAGACGUUGAGCUCAAUAUCACGGGCUGUUUUUUUUUUCCCUUGGACGAGAAGAUCGCUCCGUUUCCUCAACCCGUCGCGGAUAGCAGUUUGAUCCUAUUCUGGUUAAAUUGGACGUACAACCAAAACCAGAGUAAUCGCCAAUCAGAACAUAACAAAAUAUCACGGAAGCCAUUGAAACUCAAAGUAAAUUCAAGCGAGCAGCCCGAAGCGUGGGAAAACGUACAUGGACAAGUCGCGAUCGGGUAUAGUCUUAAAUCGGAUUGGUCGAAAAGGGGUGCCAGUUUUCUGCACCAAUCACCGAGCGAAGGAAAGCAACAGCAAAAGUAAAGCAAUCCCGGAUCACUUUUGUCGCUCCCUCUUCACUUUCCAUAACCUGCUAUUCUGAUCUGCAUUUAAGUGCUUAUAGCUCUUUUGUUCCUAAUUACAUUACAUUAUGGACACUCAAGGAAAUUUGCAAAGGGCUGAAAUGCAAAAGAGUUGCUCGAGGUACCGCUGAGUGAAGUCCAAGCCUCACGAAUAGUUCCCAGGCUUCAUCAGCCAUGUAUAUAGGGCAAUGGCAAUAUUUCGUGCGAUUUAAUUGCAGGACAUAGCAAUUUUGUAUCGAGAAUAAUCCGGGAUUGCAUCGGUUUUGCUUUACUUUGCUCUGUAAUUUGUCCUGGAAACUCGCGCUUCUCUCUUAACCAAUCAGAUACAAAAUUAACGCCAGUCGCGACUUGGUCGCCCGCGUUUUCCCGCGCUUUAGACGGUUUGACUGUUUUUACAUUGAUUUCUUAUCGGCACUUCGGGAUAUUUUGCUUUCUUCUGUUUUGCCAAUGUUAUUACUUUGGUUUUGGUUUUAUGACACUCCAUCGAAGAGCGCUUGACUGCUGCAGUAGACGCACGCUUGCGCUUUCGAAAAGUUGGAGGGUGUUCAGCUGCCUAGAUGGCAUACAUGCAGACUCCUUUUCAGAGUUUUUCGUUCUAAAUUUCAAACAGCCCUAAUUUUUUUUAACUUUUUCCCUUCGUUUGUACUUGUUUUAUUUGAUCCACAGGUGGGGCUUCAUUCAGUUCAGUACGGACGCUGUAAAUAAAAGUGAGUUUGUUCGUACGCCUAACUGGUCAGUUUACUCCGGCUUGGUAAUGUUGUACGACGCGGAGAAGGUAAACUUAAUUAAUAUAAUCUUUUUAAAUUUUAUGUCCGGUCUUCUGUUUUUAAUUGAAAGCUUCACCGUCAGGCGGUCGGAAUGGUGAGGAGAGGGAGGGGAGGGAAGGGAGAUGAUAGCGUGUCCGUGAAUACUAAAAAUCCUUUACCUCUGUCUUGUUUACUACUCGGAUUGAAUCGCUCUUGGCAAAUUGUUCUUUCUUGCUGUUAAUAAAAAUCUCCUAUUUUGACGUACUCCGCUUGAAACAAAGAAAUUGCUGCUCUCGAAGUUUUGUCUGAAAGAAGCAACAGAACAUUUAAGACGCUAUAUUUUUCUCUCCUUUUUUUGUUAUCUCUCAGAAAUUUAUGGCCGUGAAUGGUUACUUCACCGCCAACCUAACUCAGCUCGAGAUUCCCGCAUCUCUGAGAACUGGGCAGUGCCCUUAUGAGCCUGCGGUACAAGUUGAGAAGACCUACAACUUUGGGGCAACGGUGAAGCCACUGGAUCAGCGGCUUCCUGUUGGACACAUUCGUGACGACCGCCUAAUUUGGUUUUCUGAUGCAAAGCGCCAUCUUGAAAUCUAA